AGAGUGAGAGAGAGAGAAUGAGUGCGAGAGAGAGAGAGAGAGAUGGCAACAAGAGCCACAGAAACAUCUCAGGAUAACAGGAGAGCAGCUGUGAGAAACUUCUGAGCCUCCAGACCAGGAUCAGGACCAGGACCAAGGGUUACAAGACAACCAGAACCACAACCAAAGACAAGGAGCAGCCCUAUCCAGCAUGUCAGAGUCGAUCAGGAGGAAAAGCUCCAGCAGACAGCUGCUGCAGAACCUCAUCAGGGUGACGGCCCAGCGGAGUCAGGAGGAUGCUGAGGAGGUAGAGCGGGAGAGAAGGAGGAGAACCAGAGAGAAGCAGAGAGGAGAGGGGAGUCCCUCCUGGCCAGAGCCCCCCCCUGAGCCCCCCCACGACGACCUCCCACACAACAGAGAGCUGGACGAGGAGCUGAAGCCCACCUGCCGUUUGGUUCUGGAGGAGGACGAGGGCUUCAGUGACUGGAGUCACAGGUUGGAGAAUCGUAAUGACCAGGAGGUGCCAGUUGCCUGUAGAGCCAGGGUGCAGAGAUCUUUACCACCACAGUGGAAACCAGAGCCUGAAGUGGAGAAACAGCAGGAGAAAGAAGAGGAGGAGGGAUGUACUCCAGAACAAAGCAGUCCAUCACAGGAAGCUCAAAGACCUACACAGAAGAUGUCCAGCAACAGGAAAGAAAUCAGGACGUCUUACAGCUCAACAGUCUUCCUGCCACAGGACGUCAGGCUGCCUGACAGGACGUCCUACCUGGUGGCGGGGACGAUGAAGCCCCGAGGAGGGGCCCGCAGGGUGGAUGGGGGGGUGAAGCACGACGAGCAGAAGGAAGAAAUGGAGGUGCAACCUGACCUGCAGAGGGAGUGGAGGUCAGCAGGGGCCCCACGGAGCCACAGAGAUGAAGAUGAGGAGGAGGAAGAAGAAGAGCUGAGCUUCACACAUGAAGGGAAGGAAGACUUCCACUUCGGACAGGAGGAAAGACACAAGGAAGAGGAGGAGGAGGACCAGGAGGACCAGGAGGAGGAGAAGAUGCCAGACGAGCACCUGCUGUUUGCCAGUGUUCCCGAGAUUCCUCAAAUAACUCAGCCCGGGUGGCCAUGUGAGCUUAAGAAGGUUUUUAAUCAUGAGAGGUCAGCGGAGGGCAGGAGAAGUGAGGAGAUGAGCAGGAGGUCUGCAGAAUCUGUUUGCAGCAGCGAAGGAGACGAGGCAUUAAACUGCUACGGACCCAUGAGCCCCACAUUCAAGAAACUCCUCAUCCAGUUCUACCCGGAUGAAGCAAACAGCAGAGUCUCAACAGAUGUUAAAUGCAAGAUCAUAGAGAGAACCGAGUCGCUGAAGAAAAGCACCAGCUGCACAAAGAAGACGCCGCCACCUCUCCCUGUUUCCAAGAUUAACAAGAAGCUGGAACAGUACACACACGCCCUCGAGGUUUCCUCAAAAGAAGGCCGACCAAGCGUUCAGGUGCUGACAGACCUGACGAGUCCUGCUGAACCCGUCUCUUCAAAGAAGAAUCUGUUUGAGGCCGGAGAAGCCUGGAACCAAUCCAGCGUCUCAGUCACGCCAUCCAAACAGGAUGCAGAUGGAUUAAAAGUUGGGGUGGCUGAUCUCAUCAACCAGUGGGUGAAAGGAGGUGAAGACGCCAGCCGCUGCAGCUCGCCCUUCAGACCAGCAGAGGGCUCAGCCGGUAAAAGAUAUAAGUUUGUGGUGACGGGUCACGGCAAGUAUGAGAAGGUUUCUGUCGAUCACGACUCCGGUGAAGACGCAAACUGUCCGUCAGCUGGGCAGUUCUAUGAAGAUUUGUGAAAGACAAGCUGGACUUUCUGUGUCGGGAAAAAAAAAUUAAAUACAGCACACAUUUUAGCCACUAUCACUUCUUCAUUCCCUGAAUUUCAAAUGUUUGUUUGUAAAUGUAUUUAAAUCAUGUUGUUUGGAUUUCUUUCUUUUUUUUCCCUUUGCAACUUCGGUAUCUUUUUACCACAGGUAAUGAAGAAAAUACCAAGUCAUUUUUCUCCUGUUUAUACCAGACAGUUAACCGCUUAUUUUGUGAAUAUUAAUCUCAGAAGUAGUACAUCUUUAAUAAAACAAAUUAAAUGUAAUUAAGAA